AUGGAGGGAAAGCAGCCUAAAGUUUUGGAAAAUUCAGAAGGCUGUCGCACUACUCCAUCAGUAGUGGCAUUUACAAGUGACGGAGAGAGACUUGUGGGUGCGCCUGCCAAAAGACAAGCUGUUACUAACUCAGCAAACACGUUUUCUGCAACCAAACGUCUUAUAGGGAGGCGCUAUGACGACCCAGAAGUACAAAAGGACAUGAAGAAUUCUGCGUUCAAAAUCAUUAAGGCUUCCAAUGGAGAUGCCUGGCUUGAAGCUCAUGGAAAAGCUUAUUCACCUAGCCAGAUAGGUGCAUUUGUGUUAAUCAAAAUGAAAGAAACUGCAGAAAGUUAUCUGGGGUCGAAGGUGAAAAAUGUGGUGAUCACUGUCCCUGCUUAUUUUAACGAUUCACAACGACAGGCAACAAAGGAUGCUGGGAAAAUCGCGGGCAUGGAAGUCUUGCGUGUCAUAAACGAACCUACUGCUGCGGCUUUGGCUUAUGGUCUGGAUCGAACAGAUGACAAAACGAUAGCGGUUUAUGAUCUUGGGGGUGGUACAUUCGAUAUAUCAGUAUUAGAAAUUCAAAAGGGGGUGUUCGAAGUGAAAUCCACCAAUGGCGACACAUUUUUAGGAGGUGAAGAUUUUGACAAUGAAUUGCUACGCUUUCUGAUUAAGGAAUUUCAACGAGAGCAAGGUAUCGACGUCACUAAAGAUCCAAUGGCGCUCCAGCGUGUCAAAGAAGCUGCAGAAAAAGCUAAAAUUGAAUUAUCAUCUUCCUUGCAAACCGAUAUUAACCUACCUUAUUUAACUAUGGACAAAGCAGGCCCCAAACAUAUGCAUUUCAAAUUAACUAGAGCAAAAUUAGAACAUCUGGUGGAGCCUCUAAUCAAGCGUACAAUCGAACCAUGUAACAAAGCCUUGAAGGAUGCCGAAGUAAAAGCUUCAGAUAUCAGUGAAAUUAUACUAGUCGGUGGUAUGACCCGAAUGCCCAAGGUUCAAGAGACAGUUGAGAAGAUAUUUGGAAAGACACCUAGUAAAAGUGUUAAUCCAGACGAAGCUGUAGCUAUGGGUGCGGCAAUCCAAGGGGGAGUUCUUGCUGGUGAUGUCACAGACGUUCUACUGCUCGACGUUACUCCUUUGUCACUUGGAAUAGAAACUCUAGGUGGUGUUAUGACUAAGCUUAUAAAUCGAAAUACAACUAUUCCCACAAAAAAAUCUCAAGUGUUUUCUACGGCUGCCGAUGGCCAGACACAGGUUGAAAUCAAAGUAUAUCAGGGUGAGCGUGAAAUGGCAAAUGACAAUAAAUUACUGGGACAGUUCUCCCUGGUGGGAAUACCUCCUGCCCCACGUGGUGUUCCUCAGAUUGAGGUCACAUUUGAUAUCGAUGCCAACGGAAUUGUCAAUGUAGCUGCACGUGACAAAGGCACUGGUAAAGAACAACAGAUUGUCAUACGUUCCGGUGGAGGUUUAAGCAAGGAUGAGAUUGAGAAUAUGGUGCGCAAUGCUGAACAAUAUGCAGAAGUUGACAAAAAGCGUAGAGACCUGGUGGAGUCAGUAAACCAAGCAGAAGGUAUUGUUCAUGAUACAGAAUCAAAAAUCAAUGAAUACAAAGAUCAGUUGCCUUCAGAUGAGGUACGUUAAUUCACCACCUUCAAUUGUAACCUAUAACCAUAAAUUCGCGUACACUAAAAUACGUGUUUCCCAGAUUCCACGUAGGAUGAAAUAAAGUUGAAAAAUAGUUUAGGUGGAUAUAUAUGUCAUGUAGUCAGAAAUUGCGAAUAGCUGUAGAUGACCAUCACUACUUCCUCGUUUUUCUUGGAACAGCAGACAAAAAGGCUAAAAAUGUAAAAUUCAUGCUAAGUCUUUGUUUUGGCUUUGGCAUCUCAUCUGAUCCUUAUUGUGUUGUCAUUAUUAUGAAUUUAGUUACACGUUACAAUAAAUGAAG